GGGCCGGGCCCAGCCGAGCCGUGCCCAGCCGAGCCGUGCCCAGCCGAGCCGCGCCGUGCCCAGCCGAGCCGCGCCGGGCCGGAGGGCAGCCCGCAGCAUGUCGCCGCUCCGCGUCUGCAUCGUCGGCUCGGGGAACUGGGGAUCAGCCAUAGCAAGAAUCAUUGGCAAAAAUGUCCAGAACUCCAACAGAUUUGAUCCUACUGUCAAGAUGUGGGUAUUUGAAGAGAUCAUCAAUGGAAGAAAACUCUCAGAAAUAAUCAACCAGGAACAUGAAAAUGUUAAAUAUCUGCCUGGAUACAAGAUACCCAAAAAUGUGGUGGCUGUACCGGAUGUGGUCGAAGCAACAAAUGGGGCAGAUAUUUUAAUAUUUGUUCUGCCACACCAAUUCAUUGGACGAAUCUGUGAGCAGAUCGCAGGCCAGAUAAAACCAGGGACAUUCGGGAUUUCAUUGAUCAAGGGGAUCGAUGAGGGUCCUGACGGCCUGAAGCUCAUAUCUGACCUCAUUCGAGAGAAACUGAAAAUAGAAAUCAGUGUGCUUAUGGGGGCCAACAUAGCCAAAGAAGUGGCUGAUGAGCAGUUCUGUGAAACCACCAUUGGGUGCAAAAACGAAAGACAAGGGGAGAUCUUUAAAGAACUAAUGCAGACUCCCAAUUUCAGGAUUACCGUGGUGCUCGACUCUGAUACAGUGGAGCUUUGUGGAGCCUUAAAAAACAUCGUAGCCGUGGGAGCCGGCUUCUGCGAUGGACUGGAUUUCGGUGAUAAUACAAAGGCAGCAGUUAUACGCUUGGGCCUUAUGGAAAUGGUGGCCUUUGCCAAGAUGUUCUGCAGGGGACCAGUAUCAAUAGCCACUUUUCUGGAAAGCUGCGGGGUCGCUGAUCUGAUCACUACCUGCUAUGGGGGACGCAACAGAAGAGUAGCAGAAGCCUUUGCUCGCACAGGAAAAUCCAUUGAGGAACUGGAAAAUGAGAUGCUGAACGGACAAAAGCUGCAAGGUCCUCAGACCUCAGCCGAAGUCUUCAAGAUUCUGAAACAGAAAAAUAUGCUCGAUAAGUUUCCAUUAUUUACAACUGUCUACAAGAUCUGCUACGAGGGUCAGUCAAUCCAGGAUUUCAUCACGUGCCUGCAGAACCACCCAGAGCACAUUUAGAGAUCCGCUGUACUCACCUGGUCACGUUCUCAUCUUCCCAGGACUUCUGUCCACUCCACAGCAAAUAAAGCAGAGAAACAAGUUGUGUGACAACGCUUGCUGUAAAAGCAAGAAAGAAUGUAUUUCAGUAUCCUCAUUCUGGGGAUAAAAAAACCUGCCUUCAAUUUCAACAUUACACCCAAGGAAAUGAAUGUAAAAUGUAACGGUAUUUGAUUUGAGUUAGUAAUGUGGGCAUCUCCCUAGAAUUACUUUCUUACUGAUUGAAAACGGUUCCCCUUGUAAGUUCCAUAACAAGGCCUCAAUCUAACUCACAUGGACCUCAACAUUUUGCAUACUAGUAUUAUUUACAGAACAGCACAAGAUGCAGAAAAAUUGAAUAACUCAUCCAGACUAAUUAUAGUUAAAAAAAAAAGGUCUGACAGCAAUAAGACGCAAUCACAUGGGCAAAUGUUGGGUUUCCAUAACUCCCCUCAAACACAAAUAACAUUUUGUAUUUUGUGAUGUUUAGUCCCUCCCUCAUUUCAUUUCCCAGUGUAAGCCUCUUUGGAGAAAUAGGUACUGACACUGUGCUCAGACACACAUGAAUGUUCAGCAGGUUUAAGGGGCCGGGAAAGGAGAAAGAAGGGGAUUUUGGGGAGCAGUGGUGUUCGUUUCAAAUUCAGGACACUUUGGAAUCCUCAGUAGUAGUCUGACCUUCGUUAAACUUGUUGUAUUCCAUUGAAAUACAGAAAAAAAAAUUGGGAAUAACCAAAUACAUUUAUGUUAUCGUCAUGAUUUCUCAGCAAGUUGUAGUCGUUAAUCGGUACUAGCAGAGAGGGGAGAACUGGAAGCUCACAAGGAGAAUGUACGCACGACAGCUUGCAGCUUGUGCAAUGCCGUUAUUUUUAGGACGUAACAACAGUGAAAAACCCUCUGUGAUACUUGACUUUUUAUACAUGAAAAUGACCGCUACAGACGCACAGAAAUCCUGUAAAAUUGCAUUUGAAACCCUGCUGCAUUUUAACUCCCCAGGACCGACACCAGUGCAGCUCCUCCCCACCUUUCCAGGCUACAGAUUAAUGCCCUGAUACUGCUGUAGCUUAAGAAACAUAUCUCACACUCCGGAAGACAGAUCUCUAUCUACUUCUGAAUUUUAAACACAAACUGGUCCAUAGACCAGCUUUUUUUAUUUUGCUACCAAUAAUGUUAAUUUUAGAAACAGAAGUUUUUAAACCUUAUAGCUGUGUUUGGGUAACUUCACACACCUGAUGUUUUUCAGGGUUAAAGCCAUCUAUAAAGAGAACAGUGGCACAUUUUAUAAGCUUUAAUACCCUUUUGAAAGACUCCUGGUUAGAGACAAGGCAAACAAAAAGGAAGAAUAACCUACUGUUGCUUUGCUUUAUUACAUUUUCCAAAAUAGCAGAGAGGAAGGCAAGUGGGUUUUUUUUAACCUCUCUGUAUUUGCUGAAUUUUGCUUGGGGGGAGAAAACAAAAAAGCUGGAUUAUGAAAUCAUCUCCACUCUGCAUUUUAGAGAAAUGUUGUUACAUCUUUCACAUUUACCAGAGUUACAUACAUAAAGAUGUAUUGUAAUUAUAUGUAAAGAUCUCAGUCUCACCGCUAGCAAAGCUGGCUCGGGUACCAGAAACAGCAGCUGCAGCAUCCCUGCUCCCUGCUGAACCGCAGUGAAGGUAAAUUCAGCUCCUCCAGCUCGGAGUCUGGUCCCAGCCCAGGGCUCCGCAGGGCAACGCCAGCAUUCCUCCAGCUGAAAUGGGAACCAUGUGGCCAAAUCCUUUACACAAAACAGGAAAUUAUGAUCUUCCAGUUCAGGUGGAAAAUGAGACUUAAAUAUUGCAAAAUUUUUAAGUAUUAAAUACAUGAGGAUGGGAUACAGAAUUCAGGAACCUCCUUACUUCACCGGCAGGCCAAACCUCUGAUGUAUGAGCUGAUAAUAAUACAGAAUAUUUUACAUUCAAAGUGUAUCAAGCAACAGUUUAUUAAAGUGAUCAACAUGCA